AUGGUUGGAAAGGGCUCGCCCUCUCUUUCUCAUCCCAGGGUCCCUAUUUUGAAGCUCAAGAUGAAUAAUAACCCAUUGCAGGAUAACGAUAUUCCGAACUCAGAAGAGGUUUCACUCUUUGAGUUAAAAAAGAAAGAUAGAAGAGUGUCUUCAGUUGAUAUAAAUGCUUGUAACUCUAUCAAUAGCACCAACUUGUUUGAAGCUGAUGUUGAGACAAUCAGUGAUUCUGAAAAUGAAAGUUACAAAGAUGAUGAUGAGUAUGAUGGCUAUGUUAAUGAAAUAGAUCAAUAUAUUGAUCAAUUGGCAUCAUCAGUAAAUGAGACUAUUCAGCAGUUGGAAUCCAACACCAUGUUGAAUGCAACAUUGGCACCUAACGUCGAUCAGCUGGCUCAGUUAGAGUGGGUCGAGUACUGUGUAUUUGGUGCUGUUCUUUCCCUCAGUGCUGCGGUCAGUCUGUACCAUGGAGUAAAAGAGAGGGCAACUGCAAACGCCUACAUCCUGGGCGACAGAAACAUUAAUGUCUUCCCAGCUACCAUGUCUCUCAUUGCCAGCCAUGUAUCUGGUGUGACUGUGGUGGGGGUACCAGCAGAAGUGUACAUGUACGGGACCCAGUACUUGGCAGUGCUGAUCAGUGAUGUGAUAGUAGCUGUUGUCAACAUAUGCUUCUUUAUCCCUGUCUUUUACAAUCUUCAAAUAACAUCACUAUUUGAGUAUUUGGAGCUUAGAUUCAAUCACAAAGUUAGAGUUCUAGGAUCAACAAUAUUUUCACUGUAUCUGAUAUUUUACAUUCCAGUGGUGAUUUAUGUGCCAGCUCUUGUACUUAACCAAGUUACUGGGUUGCCAGUUCAUAUUGUCGCCCCAGCUGUUUCUGCCGUGUGUAUCUUCUAUACUACAUUUGGUGGACUUAAAGGCGUGGCUUGGACAGUUGCUCUGCAGAGCGUGUUUACGGCUGUCUCUGUUGCCGUUGUCAUCAUCCUCGGAUGUCUCAAGGUGGGGGGAGUGGGGGAAGUCUUCUCUCGCAGCAAAUCAGCGCACAGGCUCGAACUGUUCAAUUUUGACCCAGAUCCACUUGCUAGAAACACAUUUUGGACAAUCACCUUAGGAACCACCAUAAACUGGAUAUCAACGAUUUGUUUCCACCCUGGUGUAGUUCAGAAGUACCUGUCAGUACCCUCUCGAGAAAAAGCUUUCAGGGUGAUGACAUACAGUGCUCUUGGGAUUGCAGUCAUUAAAUGCGUUACAGUUUUCCUCGGAUUGCUCAUGUUUGCUUACUACAGUUCCUGUGAUCCUCUUGCGGCUGGGGUAGUUCACAACCCAGGACAGCUUCUCCCGUUGUUCGUCAGUCGUCUGGCAGGAUAUCAUUUCCGAGGUCUGACAGGACUUUUCAUAGCGGGCGUUUUUACAGCAACACUGAGCACGAUGUCUGCAAGCCUGAACGCAGUGGCAGGUACAGUGUAUACAGACUUUGUCCAGCCACUGAGCACCACAGACAAACACGCAACAUUGUGGCUCAAACUGAUAGUAGUGGUGAUCGGAUCCAUCUGCGUCAGUUUGGUGUUCUUCGUUGAAAAUCUCGGCGGAGUCCUGCAAGUAGCUGUCAGUUUGGGAGGGGUCGCCUAUGGACCUCUACUCACCCUUUUUAUACUUGGCCUUCUCUCACCGUGGACCAAUGCUAAGGGAGCAUUAGCGGGAGCUGUGUCGAGCCUAGUGACUUCUCUUUGGAUUGUCAUCGGAUCUCAGCUCAAUGUAGCGGAGGAAAAAAUACGCUUUCCAGGAAAAGUGACAAGCACAAGUGGUUGUCAUUUCAACUUCACUGUUAAUCCACAAUACACAAGUGACUACAUAGGUCCUGGUUCUGUUGUGGAGUUUGGUCCUGAUGUUCCUCAAGUGUUCCGCAUCUCGUACAUGUACUACGCCGUUGUUGGUACCACUGCAGGCCUAGUGGUGGCAGCACUGACAACUUUGGUGUCACAUCAAGACCUGUCAUUGGUCGACCCUAACCUGCUGGUAACUGGUGUGCGACGAUUUUUGCCAGAGAAAAAAAAGGUAGUGAAUAAGAAAACUGAAGAGACCAAGUGUUGA